AUGUUUAGAGACAGAACUAACUUAUUUUUAUCGUAUCGUCGUACCUUCCCACAUAAUGUACAAUAUUCGACUAUUGGUCUCGGUAUAAAUAUUCACAAUGAUGGAGUAUUUGAUAAAGAUUUGGAAGCAUAUCCGAUGAUGGACCUGUCGCCGCACGAUAAUGAUGACAAGAAUAUAUUGAAGUCACAACCACCUUUAUUUGUGGAAAUGGCACAUGAUAUCGAUGGAUAUUUGAGUGAUGUUAAAACAUUGAUGAUUAAAUUGACUAAAUUAUAUAAGAAAAAUUCAUUACCGGGGUUUGAAGAUAAAACAGGUGAUGAGAAAUUGAUUGAAGAUUUAAGUUAUAAGGUGAUACAAAAUUUUCAAAAAUGCUAUAAUGUUACUAAGAAAUUGGAAACUAUUUUUAAUAGUCAGAUGUUGAAUGGGAAACAAAUGAAUAAAGGAGAAUUGGUAAUUUUGGAUAAUAUUCUAAAGAUGUAUGCACAAAAGAUCCAAACAGAGAGUAACAAAUUUAAAGUGUUACAGAAUAAUUAUUUGAAGUUCCUGAAUAAAGACGAUUUGAAACCAAUUUUACCUAAAAAUAGUAAGGAGACUUCUCAAUUGCUGCUUCUUGAAGAGGAAGAAGGAAAUCAAAAUGACGGUGGUGUUGCUGGGCAAGCACAGCGACAAGAUGAUAUAGAUGCAUAUUCAAGGAAGACAUUGCAACGGCAAAUGGAUUCGAGUCAACAGUACUUACAAGAACGUGAUGAAGAAAUUACUCAAUUAGCAAGGGGAGUUCUUGAAGUCAGUACUAUAUUUAGAGAAAUGCAGAGUUUAAUUAUAGACCAAGGUACUGUUGUGGACCGAAUCGAUUAUAAUUUGGAGAACACGGUAAUUGAAUUGAAAGAAGCUAAUAAAGAAUUAGGGCAGGCUACAGUUUAUCAAAAAAGAACUCAAAAAUGUAAAGUGAUAUUACUGUUAACUUUAUGUGUUAUAGCGUUGUUCUUCUUUGUUAUGUUAAGGCCACGUUCUAGUGGUGGUGGCACUCGAAGCCCUGAAGCUGAUGGACAUUCGGAUAGUGAUAUAUCUGAAAAGCCAAAUCCGGAUGAAGAAGAGAGCCCAGAGCUUGUAGAUAUAGGUAUCGAUGAAAGUCCAGCAGCACUGCAACAAGAACAUCCAAAUAAUAUGAAGCUUCGACUUAUAAAACGGGGACAAAACAGUUCACUUAUUCAACAAUUUCAAUAA